UAAUAAUAAUAAUAAUAAUGUCCCCUACACUUUCCUCUUCUUCCUCUUCCUCACUCACUCCACACUGAUCUCCCAAACAUGACAACAUCCAUGUCCAUGUCCAUGCACAUGCCCACUCUCAAGAACUCAUCCAAACACUCUUUCAUCCUCUUCAUUCUCUCCCUCUCCUUCUUCUACCUCUUCUACAGUCUCUCUCUUCUUCACCAUUCCACCAUUCCUCCUCCUCCUUCUCCUUCUCGGAAUGCUCCCUCUCCGACCACUCUCGACCACAUCGUCUUCGGCAUCGCAUCUUCAUCCUCUCUUUGGCCUUCUCGUCAGCACUACAUCAACCUCUGGUUCCGCCCUCCAAUGCGCGGCUUCGUAUGGCUUGACAACCCUCUCACCAACUCCACCACCAACACCUCCUCUUCUUCUCUCAUUCUCAAACUCUCUACCAACACAUCCUCCUUCCCUUACACCCACAAACACGGCUCCCGCGCCGCCCUCCGUCUCUCCCGCAUCGUAUCCGAAACCCUUCAUCUCAACCUCCCAAACGUCCGCUGGUUCGUCAUGUGCGAUGACGACACCGUCUUCCUUCCUUCAAACCUUCUCACUCUCCUCAACUCCUUCGACCAUAGCCAACCCUACUACAUCGGUUCUCUCUCCGAAAGUCACCUCCAAAACAUCUACUUCUCCUACUCCAUGGCCUACGGCGGCGCUGGCUUCGCCAUCAGCUAUCCUUUAGCUCUCUCCUUAUCUCGUUUCCAAGAUCAAUGCCUCCAUCGUUACCCUUCUCUCUACGGCAGUGACGACCGCAUCCAAGCCUGCAUGGCGGAGCUCGGCGUCCCCCUCACUCGCCAUCCUGGUUUCCACCAGUACGAUGUUUACGGCGAUCUUCUCGGCCUUCUCGCCGCUCACCCCGUUGCUCCGCUCAUUUCUCUCCAUCAUCUUGAUGUCGUCAAACCCAUUUUCCCUUCUUCCCCUUCCCGCGUCGCCGCCCUCCAACGCCUUUUAGCCGGACCAGUCUCCCUUGACUCUGCCGGCACAAUGCAACAGUCUAUUUGCUACGACAAGCUCAACCAGUGGACUGUGUCUGUGUCUUGGGGUUUCGUCAUCCAGAUCGUCCGAGGCGUUAUGUCUCCGAGGGAGAUGGAGAUGCCAGCCAGAACUUUCCUAAAUUGGUAUCCGCGGGCAGACUAUACUGCUUACGCAUUUAACACGAGGCCGGUGGCACGGAACCCUUGUCAAAGGCCGGUGUUUUACUAUCUCUUGUCGGCCAGCUACGAUGUGCGGUUGAGAACGACUGUGACUGUUUAUGAGCGGCACCGUGAUGCUCAGCCUACUUGCCGGUGGAAAAUUGAGGAUCCUUCUCAGCAUAUUAACACUGUUAUUGUUUACAAGAAGCCGGACCCAGACUUGUGGAACAGAGCUCCGAGGAGGAAUUGCUGUAGAGUUAAGCCAGGUGGUGGGGAACGGACGAUGGUUGUUGAUGUUGGGGUUUGUAGGGAUGGUGAGAUCAGUGAAAUUUAGUGAUUGUUUUUUAAGGCAAGUUUGUGAAUGAGAUUAAUUUAUCAACGGAAAUGGAGUGAGAUGGUAGUGACUAGUGAGGGCUGUGAAAGUGUCGGUGUGGUGGUGACGGUGUUAAAAACAUAAAAAGGUGGUGUCACUCACUGGGUCAGUAGAGGGAGGGAGGGGGUUGAUGCUUUUUGUCAGGCCUUGAAAAGCGCCACGAGAGGACAUAACCAGGGGUCUCUUGGUUUUCAAUAUUUUGGACAGACUGGUGACGUCCACGUGACCUCUUGUACUUGUUGUCGCAUUUAAUCGCGGUGAUUUUGCCACGUCUCUCAUCCAUUUUUUUCUCCGUUUCCCGCUCCAGUUGCGUUCAGACGGCUUUAGUAUAUAAUAUGCGGUGUUUUUUUUUUGGAGUUUUUAAUUUUUUUUUGGAAAAGAAUUGUAAGUUUCUAUGAAUUUGAUGGAAUUAUCAAAA